CCACUCCACUCCGCACCGCUCGCACCUCCAGACUCGACGGACCUCUGCGCUCGUCUCUCCCCUUUCUCUCCUCUCAGCACUGCACCGCGCUGCGUGCUUCGGACCGCCCGCUUCUCUUCCUCUCGCCGGCUACCCGAAGCGGGAGCGUCUCUCCGCCGUUUGCGCAACCAUGCGUCUCCUUGUGCGCCGUCUCGGCGUCAGCGCCCUUGCGUUGUCUUGCACCGCAUCCAGCGCGGCGCCGAGCACGGCCGCCGCCUCAUGUGCCGCUUGCUGCGCCGCGUAUGCCUCAAUGUCGGCCGCUCCGUCCAGAGCGCGCACGGUGCGGAGAGGCUACAGCUCCCUCUCCACUGCCGACUCUUCGCCGUCGGCUGCAUCUGCAGGCAUAGAGGCAGAAGCGCAGAGCAGCGCAGCCUCGCGCUCGGCGUCUGGAUCCGCGGCAAGCGACGAUGCAUCCUCUCAGCCUCUCUCUCCGGAAGCUCUCGAGGCGCAGAAGGCGCAGAGAGCCGCAGCCGCCAGGGAGAGGGAGCUGAACCGCAAAGACAACGUCGCCAGGAGAGCAGCGAUUGACUCUGGCCUCGCAGAUCGAUUCGCCUUUGCUCGUCUCGCCACACCAUCAGGCGCUGCUCCGCUAGAGCGACCGAGGCGCUUCGAGUCUGCAAGCAUGGCAGCCGAGUCAGCUGAGGCAUACGGACGUGCGCGAAGGCCGAGUCCUCAACGGGGCGGGGAGAGAGUGGUGUUGCUGCACAACGUCCCGCCUACUGCUACGCCCUCCGACAUCUACCGACUGCUCCCGAGCUUCUCUCGUCACAUUGCCUCAAUCACUUUCUUCCGGCUGCCCGACGUGCAAUUCGCGGGACGCGUGGCCGUCAGCUUCGCGAGGACGUCGACCAAGACUGGCAAGGAGGGCGAGGAGAGUGAGGAGGAGAGAGGGGAGAGGGAGAAGAGAGAAGAGGGCGCAAUGAAGAAGGAAAUCGUCAGAGCCAAGGAGUUUGCUGCUGCGGUGCGCAAGCUCAAGAUAAGCGGCAGACAGUUGCGCGCGUCCAUGACACAAGUCGUCGGUGCCCCGCAUCCUUCACCUCAAACAGCCAGUCUCAUCCAAGCCGAGUCUGGACGUCUGGUCUUGCUCAAGGGCUUGCCAUUGGGCGUUCCGCCCUUGGCGUUCGCCUCCAUUCUCGCAUCGAGCUCCUUUCAGCUGCGCAAGGACAUUCGCUUGCCUCGCGCUGCUGGCGUCAAGACGAUGGGCGUACCGGUGGAGAUGGAGGAGAGCGACGACGGCGAGAUGAAACAGGGAGCGGUUGUUCAUGUGCCCGAAUACGCAAACGACCACUCGGGCCGCAAGUCGCUCCUCGUGCGCACGCACAGCAAUGUAGACGCCCAACGUCUGGCGAUGCACUGGAACAGACGAGUGUUUCGCUCGCACAAGGAGAGAGAG